CCAAAAUAAAGCAACCACCAAUUAUUGUUAAGAGUCAAGAGCCAAUAGUGACUUACCACCAACAAUCCUAUCUAGGCGGCUGAGCCCUCGCCCGAUCAACACGAUUUUGAGCUCUAUGAGUGGCAGCGGUGGAAGCGCGGGAAACUCCCCAACCGCCGGCGAUUCUUCUUCGUCGGCGUCGUCCACCGCAGAGGCUGCUCAUAAGAAGAUGGAAAAGGCCAGGGUCAGCAGGACUUCACUCAUCCUCUGGCACGCGCAUCAGAACGACGACGUGGCGGUAAGGAAGUUGCUGUUGGAGGACCCCUCGCUGGUCAACGCUACGGAUUACGACAAGCGGACGCCACUUCACGUCGCCUCGCUUCACGGCUGGAUCGAAGUCGCCAAAUGCUUGAUUGAGUUCGGCGCCGAUGUCAACGCUCAGGAUCGUUGGAAGAAUACGCCUUUAGCUGAUGCAGAAGGAGCUAAAAAACCUAGCAUGAUGGAGCUGUUAAAGUCACAUGGUGGCCUUUCCUUCGGUCAAAAUGGAAGCCACUUUGAACCAAAGCCUGUUCCACCUCCUCUACCCAAUAAGUGUGAUUGGGAGAUUGAUCCAUUAGAGCUAGACUUCUCUUCAGCACAUAUUAUUGGGAAGGGAUCAUUUGGUGAGAUAGUAAAAGCAAGUUGGCGGGGAACACCUGUAGCAGUCAAACGUAUUCUUCCAAAUCUUUCCGGUGAUAAAUUGGUGAUACAGGACUUCAGGCAUGAGGUCAAUUUACUAGUGAAGCUUCGGCACCCCAACAUUGUUCAGUUCCUUGGAGCUGUUACGGACAAGAAACCCCUAAUGUUGAUUACCGAGUACUUGCGCGGGGGUGACCUUCAUCAGCACCUCAAGGAAAAGGGGGCUCUUAGUCCAUCAACUGCCAUCAACUUUGCACUGGACAUUGCUAGAGGUAUGGCUUAUCUUCACAAUGAACCAAAUGUCAUAAUUCACAGAGACCUCAAGCCAAGGAAUGUUCUUCUAGUUAAUUCUAAUGCAGACCAUUUAAAAGUCGGGGAUUUUGGUCUAAGCAGACUGAUAAAGUCACAGCAUGCUCACGAUGUCUACAAAAUGACUGGCGAGACGGGAAGUUAUAGAUAUAUGGCUCCUGAAGUUUUCAAGCACAGGAAAUAUGACAAGAAAGUAGAUGUUUUCUCUUUUGGAAUGAUAUUAUAUGAGAUGCUUGAAGGUGAUCCACCACUGACUGAGUUUGAACCUUAUGAAGCAGCAAAACAUAUAGCAGAAGGACGAAGGCCUGUAUUUAUUAAAACUAAAGGCAUUACUGAAUUGAAGGAGUUAACUCAGCAAUGCUGGGCUCCAGACAUGCGGAAAAGACCACAUUUCUUGGAAAUUCUCAAGAUUCUUGAAAAGAUAAAAGAGAAUUUAACAUCAUCAGAUAAUCACUGGGGCAUCUUCACUUCUUGACCUUCAAAAGUUUACAUGUAAGAUUUGCUGAUCAGAAAGUGAUGAUGAUGAUGAAGAAGAUACAAAACAAUACACAAUACAUAAUCGAUUUUCUACAUGUUUCCAGCGUGCUUGUAAGUUAUUUGUUGAUUUUCUACCAAACUGGUCACUUUCCUCGUAAUUAUCUCAUGGUUUGUUUGUCCAU